AUGGCAGAAGUCAAGAAUGAAAUUUCAGAGUCUACUGAUAGUAGUUACUGUGACAGCAAAGAUGAUACUUUAAAUGACAGUGGAAGUGAUUUGAAGAAAAAGAAGAAGACGAGAUCGAAAUCUGGAUGCUUUACCUGUAGGUUGAAAAGAAUGAAAUGCGAUGAGCAACAUCCGAUAUGUGGCAGGUGCAAAAGGAAUCUUCUAACGUGCAUCUGGCCAAAAGAAGGUAAUGGAAAACUGACUAAGAAGAUGCGUCAAGCGAUGAAGGAUAAUGUAGAUCCAUAUGCGGAGAUGAACCCUAAAAAGGUCCAGUUGUUAUUUGAAAUAAAAGAAGAUGGGAAAUGUCAACUAACAGAUAGCGACAGUACUUCUUUCGCAUCUGAUAAAAGCGAUAAAGUUGUUAAUAGAAAAGAUUUACGAAAUAAACCACAGGCUCCUUCCAAAGGCGAUAAGCUAAGUAUCUCUUCGGUUUGUGGCUCCAACAGUGGGAUAGAAUUUGUUAACUAUAUUUAUGACACUAAGUGCCGAGACUUUGUAAAACUAGAAAGUGACAAAUCAAUAAUAUCACAACCUGAGGAAAGCCCAGAUGAAAGCUCAAAGUCUGAAGAACCGCUAACUGCUUUACUUGAAGAAGCGAUUCCAGUUGCAGAGCCAACUGACAUUGUUCUGAGAGAAGUAGCUAAUUCCAGUCAAUAUAGUGUAAUCGGUUCAGAUCCAGAUUUCUUCUGGGGUAAAAUGUUUGAUAUGAACUUCACGAAACCUUUAAUGACCCCAAAUUUUAAUAUAAUAUCACCUUUACCUUCAUUAGAUGAAUUUUCAUCAAUUGAAACUCCUACUGGGCCCAAGAGAUCCUUGCUUUUGACUCAAUUUGCAGCAGAUAGUAAUUGUUACGUCUUAGAUAGCGAACAAACCGGAGAAAUAUAUGUUAACCUUUUACAAAGUUUCCAUGAUUGGUCUAAAACAAAUGACGAUGACAAGCUAUUAUCUGUAGCAAAUAUACUUUCCAAGUACCAAUUCACCGACGAGGAAUUACUAUUAUACUUUACAUGCGUUCACUAUUUUUUCCCAGCAAUCGGUCCUCAGCAUACGUUACCUCAGUUAACAACAACUGAAACAUUUUUACCACUCAUUAAGCAACACCCUGUAGUGAAAGACGUGUUCCUCUGCUGUGGUGCAACCUUCUUGGAAUGGUGUCAGCCUCAACAAUACACUGAGGUUGCCGAACGUUUAUAUCAGAAAAGUCGAAACAAAUUGAAAACCAUGACAAAUGACAAGACAAUAAAAGGUGAUGAAACAUGGGCAUUUGCAUGCUUUCAACUUCUUUGUCUCACUGACAAAUUCAGAAAGGGGUCUGGUACCUCGAUGAGCGAUAGGUGUGUUGAUAAUUUAGCGCAUUCCUUCAAUAUUAUUAAAAAGAAGAUCAAUUUAAUUAAAACUCAAGGAUCAACAGCUACGGAUAGGAUGUUGAUCGAAAGUUUCAUGUACAACUACACAGUUUCCUUAUUGGUGACAAGGGAUUUAUCGAAGCUACCUUCGCCGUUUAGCAAGAACUUCUAUGAAUUGACAAAGCUUUUGAAAUCACCGUUAUUUGAUGGAUGCGAUGUCAAUUGGAUAAAUAAUCCGAUAUUAGGGUCUAGCGUCGAAGCAUUUGAAAUGUUGGCAAAGGUCUCAUAUCUUAGCAGACUUCGAUUACCUUUAAGAGAAACUGAAUGGAUUGAAAGAGGGAAACGGUUACUCGAAGAGUGUUUAUAUUACACACCGCCCUCGCUCCCAGCUGAGGUGAAAAACGACCCAAAGAAAUACGCUACUUAUAGGCCAAGUCUACUCUGCGGCUCAAUUAUCAGUAAAGCGUGCUAUUUACUACUCAGCAAGAUACUUAGAUUCACCGAAUUCCAAUUGGAAGAUUUCGAGAUCCAAGGCGUUGUCAAAUAUACUAUAAAGAGUUUAUGCAAUGUCGAGAAAGGAAGUCCCUUACUAUGUAUCUUGCUUUGGUCAUUGUUGAUCAUCGGCGCUUUCACCAUCGAUGAAGAGGACAGAUUGAUAAUAAAAGAGUACUUAAGGAGUGCCUCAGAGACAAUCCAUUCCUAUGGAGCACUAAAGAUAGCAGAUUUCUUAGAUCUCAUCUGGCAACAAAAGAACAUUGACCUUUUGUUCGUAAGAGAGAAUCUCACCCAAGUGGUAAUAUAA